GUCCGGGGCCUGUUCUGGCUGUAGCUGCCCAGGGGACGCCGGGACUGGGAGGCCGGGCGGCCGGGUUCGGCGGCGGCGGGAGCCCUGGUCUGGAGCGCCCUAGACAAGGACAUCAAAGACACAUCGCUGAAUUCUUCCUAGCUGGCCAGCAGCAGUGCACCAAUGACAUGGCCAAAAGCAAUUCUGUGGGCCAGGACAGCUCUCAGGACUCGGAAGGGGAAAUGAUCUUUGCUGCAGGGAGCAAUUGUGCCCUGCCUGAGGAGGAUGAUGGAGAGGCAAGACUGGGCUCUCCAGGGUCUGCUCUGCCUGCACGGAAGCGCUCUCGGUCCUUCGAGGAUGAGUGGAAUCAAGCCACAGGGACUGGUCAGUGGGAUGGCGUUUCUAAGAAAACUCCUCGGCAGCAUUUGUCCUUCGCAUGCUCAAGGCCUAGAGAAGCCAGACUUGACGCAGACAGUUCACUGUACUGCCCCCCUUCAGAGUCUGGAGAUAGCAAUCAGGAAGUGGAGGACAUUGGGCCUGAUCCCAUUCCUGACUCCUGCUAUGGGCUUCUUGGGACCUCCCAUUGCCAAGAAGCACAGAGCCACAUCUGUAGCCUGCCCAGUGAGGUCCUGAGGCACAUCUUUGCCUUCCUGCCGGUGGAAGAUCUCUACUGGAAUCUGAGCUUGGUGUGCCACCUGUGGAAGGAGAUAAUCAGUGAUCCGCUGUUCAUACCUUGGAAAAAACUGUAUCAUCGAUAUUUGAUGAAUGAAGAGCAAGCUGUCAGCAAAGUGGAUGGUAUCCUGUUGAGCUGUGGCAUCGAGAAGGAGUCUGACUUGUGUGUGUUGAACCUCAUCCGAUAUACAGCCACCACUAAAUGCUCCCCUAGUGUGGAUCCUGGGAGGGCAUUGUGGAGCCUGAGGGACCAUCUCCUCCUUCCAGAGGCAAAGGCGUGCGUGCGUCAACACCUCCCAGACCUCUAUGCUGCUGCUGCGGGUGUCAAUGUGUGGGCCUUGGUGGCAGCCAUUGUCCUGCUGUCCAGCAGUGUCAGUGACAUCCAGCAGCUGCUCUUCUGCCUCAGGAGACCAAGCUCCACUGUGACCAUGCCAGACAUCACCGAGACCUUAUACUGCAUUGCUGUGCUUCUCUAUGCCAUGAGGGAGAAGGGAAUUAACAUCAGCAAUCGGAUUCACUACAACAUUUUCUAUUGCCUGUAUCUUCAGGAGAAUUCCUGUACUCAGGCCACAGAAGUUAAGGAGGAACCAUCAGUUUGGCCUGGCAAGAAAACCAUCCAGCUUACACAUGAACAACAGCUGAUUCUAAGCCAUAAGAUGGAACCUCUUCAGGUGGUAAAAAUUAUGGCAUUUGCAGGCACUGGGAAAACCUCUACCCUGGUCAAGUAUGCUGAGAAAUGGUCUGAGAGCAGGUUUCUGUACGUGACAUUCAACAAGAGCAUCGCAAAGCAGGCUGAGCGAGUCUUUCCCAGCAACGUCACCUGCAAAACGUUUCAUUCUAUGGCCUAUGGACACGUUGGGCGGAAGUACCAAUCAAAGAAGAAAUUGAAUCUUUUCAAGUUAACACCCUUCAUGGUCAAUUCUGUCCUUGCUGAAGGGAAAGGUGGAUUUAUAAGGGCCAAGUUGGUGUGUAAGACUUUAGAAAACUUCUUUGCCUCCGCUGAUGAAGAGCUGACAAUUGAUCAUGUGCCUAUUUGGUGUAAAAACAGCCAAGGACAGAGGGUCAUGGUUGAACCGAAUGAAAAACUGAAUGGUGUCCUUGAAGCAAGCCGACUUUGGGACAACAUGCGGAAGCUGGGGGAGUGCAAAGAAGAGGCUUACCAAAUGACUCAUGACGGCUAUUUGAAACUCUGGCAGCUGAGCAAACCUUUGCUUGCCUCUUUUGACGCCAUCUUUGUGGAUGAGGCCCAGGACUGUACCCCAGCCAUCAUGAAUAUAGUUCUGUCUCAGCCUUGUGGGAAGAUCUUUGUCGGGGACCCACACCAGCAAAUCUAUACCUUCCGUGGUGCAGUCAAUGCUCUAUUUACGGUCCCUCACACUCAUGUCUUCUAUCUCACACAGAGUUUUAGAUUUGGUGUAGAAAUAGCAUAUGUGGGAGCCACUAUCUUGGAUGUCUGCAAGAGAGUAAGGAAAAAGACUUUGGUUGGAGGAAACCAUCAGAGUGGCAUUAGAGGCGAUGUAAAGGGGCAGGUGGCUCUGUUGUCCCGGACCAAUGCCAAUGUGUUUGAUGAGGCUGUACGGGUGACUGAUGGCGAAGUUCCUGCAAGGAUACAUUUGAUUGGGGGGAUUAAAUCAUUUGGAUUGGACAGAAUCAUUGAUAUUUGGAUCCUUCUUCAGCCAGAGGAAGAACGGAAAAAACAGAACCUCUUCAUUAAGGACAAGUUUAUUAGAAGAUGGGUACACAAAGAAGGCUUUAGUGGCUUCAAGAGGUAUGUGACUGCAGCCGAGGAUAAGGAGCUUGAAGCAAAGAUUGCCAUCGUUGAAAAGUAUAAUAUCAGGAUUCCAGAACUGGUGGAAAGGAUAGAAAAGUGCCAUAUAGAAGACCGGGACUUUGCAGAGUACAUUUUGGGCACUGUGCACAAAGCCAAAGGCUUGGAGUUUGACACUGUGCAUGUUCUGGAUGAUUUUGUAAAGGUGCCUUGUGCCAGGCACAACCUCGCACAGCUGCCACACUUCAGAGUUGAGUCAUUUUCUGAGGAUGAAUGGAAUUUACUGUAUGUUGCAGUCACUCGUGCCAAGAAGCGUCUUAUUAUGACAAAAUCAUUGGAGAACAUUUUGACUUUGGCUGGGGAGUACUUCUUGCAAGCAGAACUGACAAGUAAUGUUUUAAAAACAGGAGUAGUCCAUUGCUGCGUGGGACAGUGCAACAACGCCAUCCCUGUGGACACUGUGCUGACCAUGAAGAAGCUGCCCAUCACUUAUAGCAACAGGAAGGAAAACAAGGGUGGCCACCUCUGCCACUCCUGUGCAGAGCAGCGCAUCGGGCCUCUGGCCUUUUUGACAGCCUCCCCUGAGCAGGUGCGCGCCAUGGAACGCACCGUCGAGAACAUAGUGCUCCCCAGACAUGAGGCCCUGCUGUUCCUGGUCUUUUGAAAGCCCAGCAGUGCAUUCUCCACAGCGAGGAAUUCCUGGUGUGGACUCCAGUUACUUGAAGAAAGCCAAUUUGGGGCUGAGGGCUCAUUCCCCUGAGGCCAUGGAUUCACUCAUGGAACAUUUUUUGAGGAAGAAGAUGCCAAUGAGAGUUGGACCUGUCAUUUCUGCAUUCCUUGUAGGUAGCCAGUUUCCACUGCCCCUCCUCCAUGUGUACCAGACUGGGGAUCUGGGGAGCGGUCUUUUGAUAAAAAAAAUUUUAUGUAUUUAAACUUUUAUUAUAAGAUUUCAAUUAAAGAGGCACUGUAGCACUGGCAGACCACUGUGCAACACCUGGCUUCAGCACUCUUGUUUUUGAACUUCCUUGUUUUGUUUACUUUAUUCAACAUCUUGAUUCACCAAGCAGAGUAUAAGACUUAAUGUCUAGGGUCACAAUGGAUGUAUCAAAAAUGAGAAUUUCCUGCCAGAGAGAGUCACACACAUUUAAGAUAUGACCUGUGCCUUUGUCAUUUUGGGGUUCUCAAUGUAAAAGGGAGGAAACCUAAUAAAAAGUCAAGUACAGAGUGGCAAUAGCUAGAUUUCACAUAUUUCCCACAGGUAGAACUGAGACUCAGAAAGAGUUGAGGGAGCAGUGGAAUUGAACAGCCACCAGGGCUUUGGGGAGAGUGGAGAGGGAAGCUGGUAGAGAUGGAAAAUUGGCACCUGGUUCACUGCCUGGGACUGCUGGGUAGAUGUUGUAAUAAAAGUAUUUUUAUAGAAACUACUGAUGAAAAAGCUCAUGUCACUUGCAUGGACAUAGAUGUGGUAUUUUUGCAUUUUUGCCAUACAGCACUUCAGAGAUGCAGAUGGCAGGUGGGGGAGUUGGCAAAAACCUUGCCCAGAGAGUUCACCACAUCUAGUCUCUGAGUCCAGUCAAGCAGAGCUCCAGAGCAGACAGACCUCAUAGCUGCAGUUGUUGCAGACUCCCCUUAAGCUCUCCUCCGUCAGGCCUCUAGUGGAGCUAGCGUGCAGGCUGGUGAGUAAAGCAAGGGUGCUGUGGGCCAGGGGUGCAUGGGAAGGUUGAGUGCCGAGGUGGUAUACUGAGGAAAAUUCAGAGAAUUGAUCCUGUAGACGGAGUUGGAUCAUGUGAUGAGAAUGGGCUGGGGCUCUUUCUUUCACUUGGCCAGCAUUCCUGGCAAGCCUUAGUGCCAUGAAUAACAUAGAAUAAAAGGGCAAGUGAAGGGAAGUGACUUGAAUGUGGAUUGCUCACAGUAUUGAGUGUCCUUCAAAUGAGGGAUUUGGGCGCAGGGAUGGCUCAUCAGUGUUUUUUUGAAAUUUAAUUUUCUAUCCAGAGAAGAAGCUACUUUAUUAUUGGAGGAGAAGUUAUUAAAUGGGUGAAGAGUCACCAAGUACCUUUUGUGUGGCAUGUGCCUUAUUAGGGAGUAUGCAGCAUGGAAAUCACAGUAAGAAGCAUGAUUGUAGUUAGAGAUGAGUGUUUGCAGAAAGUGCUUUGGGUUGGAGAAGUAUCCAUGAGAGCACAGAUCAAAAGCUGUUCAAAGGCGCAUUGCUGGAACUGUUUGCAGUGUGAGGAGGUGACUAGCUGUUAAAGAAUGGAGGGACACUCGGAAGAAAAACAGGAAAGAUAGCCAGAUUGUGUGUAGUAGCAGCACUCAAAGCAAAACGUCAGUAGUGUACUUUGAAAGCUAACUGAAUCUGGAAACUAAUAGAAUUUCCUUUUUUAAGUGUUAAGAUUUGAAAAAAAAAAUAUUUGGUGUGUUUCAAAUAGGAAAACAAUUUUUAGACAUCCAGUAAAAAUACAGAUUUUUAAAAUAAGUGUUAAACAUAUUGACUAUUUUAGCAUAGGUGAUUAGAUGAGAUGAAUAAGAGCAUUACUUAGAAAUAUAAAUGGAACUUUACGUGAAAAUGAAAAAUGACUAUUCCUUUUAAAAGUGUAAUCUCUUAAGAGGCUCCCAUUAUUUCAUUCGUUGUGAAUGUAUUUUUAUACAAGAUUUCCUGUUUUUUUUAAACCAUGAUAGUUGGAAGAAAAAUAGUUAUGAACUAAUUACAACUAU